AUGGUGCUCAACACACAUGGUGUCAUCAAUCUGUACGGGGUACCUGCGUUGCGAGUGCUUCAAAAUUGUGAGGAUGAUGAUGAUGAUGAUGAUGAUGAUGAUGAUGAUGAUGAUGAUGAUGAUGAUGAUGCAAUACCAAUGCCCAUCUUUUGUUUCGAACACUUCAGCUACUUCGUAGUUACCACACCUCACUACCAAUUAACAAUGCUUCCUCCUGCUUGGUCCCUGUUGCCCCCACCCUCUGUGAUAAAACUGUGUGGCUGCAUAUUUACUCAAGACGCCCUGCAAGGAGCGCCCAAUCUCUUGGCCCCUGAUUCAAUAGAACAGGCUCGGGGAACUUGUGUUCCUCUGUUUAUGAUGGAUCGGGAUUGGCUCGAAUCGGCACACGGAUAUAUCAUCCCAAGAGCAGGCGUGAAGGGCGGAACCGAGUAUAAUGCUUUAGAGAUUCCUUCAGGGGCUACAGAUGCUAAUGGCAAGAGAAGGGUCACCAAGAUCUGA